AUGACCGAUUUCAUUUCAAAUUCGGAACAUCCAGGUUUCCAAAUUAAACAGGCAACGACAUUCACAGAAAUCACCCAGAUCCGAGACCUCUUCACAGCAUACACAUCAUGGCUCGACCUUGACCUUAGCUUUCAGGGCUACGAAGCCGAACUCGCUUCACUGCCUGGCGUAUACAAGCCUCCAACUGGUGCCUUACUCAUCGCCACCUCGACGUCGUCAUCUUCAUCACUACCCGAGGGCUCGGCAAUAGGUUGCGUGGCUCUGAGACCACUCAAAUCCACGUCUCCGUCAAAGACGUGCGAGAUGAAACGUCUGUACACGGUAUCUGAAGCUCGGGGUCUUGGUGUGGGAAAAGCUUUAAUUGACAGGGUCCUGGAGGAAGCGAGGAAGUUAGGAUAUGAAGAGAUGGUAUUGGAUACGUUGGAUGCUAAGAUGGAAGGUGCUGUAAGAUUGUAUGGGAAGUUUGGGUUCCAGAGAAUUGAAGCUUAUUAUGACACACCGUUGGAGGGAACAUUGUUUUUGGGACGGAAGCUUUAA